AUGGGUCCUAAAAAGACCACCGGGACUGGCAAAACGCCCACCAAGACUGGUAAAACGCUCACUAAGUCUCCCCCUAAGCCUCCCAGAAAGACAGCAGCUCAAACGCUAAGAGAAGCCCAAGCCGUGGAACAGGGGGCGCAACAGCAGACCACAGCGGCGCGAGGUGCCCGAAUGGUGGAAGAUGGUGUCCGAACGGCGGAACAGGAUGCGCAAAAACACGCCACCGCGGCGCGAACUUCGUCACAAGGAGCCCUAGAGGCAGCGCAACGGGCGACCGGAUCUAUGGGUGCCCAAGGGCCACAAGGAGAGCAUGGGGAUCAAGGGGAUCAAGGGCCUCCAGGACCUCGAGGCGAACAGGGGCCACAAGGGGAGCCGGGAGCGCAAGGAGCUCGAGGCGAACGGGGGCCAGCAGGCGUCGGUGUAUGCCCAUGCAAACGCCCAGCCGAUGAUGAGGCUGAAGGGGAACGAGCCUCGCAACGCCGAAGGUCAAACAGUCCUAAGAGUAACAAUCCCGAGGAUACUAGGGGGACCGAUCGAAUCAUAGAUAGGUUGGAAACCGUGCGUCGCAAUAGAGAUUGGGGCCGGAAUCUCCCCGGACUCAAUCGUGCCAGAACACUUGAAACUGCUAGGUUACGGGAGGAGCAGGCAAGGAUGUUGCGUGGUAACAAUGCGGGUAAUGCCGAUGCCGAUGUAUUAGAUCAGGAGGCUCGGAAUAUGAGGCAAAAUCUAGCAGAUAGGGAGGCUGAACGGCUAACUGCCCUGGUCAAUGAUACACCCUCAGCACGGCGCGAAAACACCCAGCCAGAAGCUGCCCAGGGGGGACUCCAAGUCGAGAGUUGGAUGCUGCCAGUGUACACGGGUAACAAUGCCGGAAUGCUAAACAUGCAGAGACGCAUCGGAUUCGAACUCGAACGCGCCGCCGACGCAAUCCGUGUGAUUCUAGAAGCCCCCGACCAACCCUCCUACCUCGCCCACGACGGCGGCGAAGUUCUAGCAGAGGGCCAAGUAGAUGAUGCGCAAGUCGCCCAGAACAACCGACGAGAUCGCCUGCGCGCUCCCGAGACCUCGGCCCGAUACAUCCGUGUCUGGCGCGACACCAUCAACAGCAUGGAGACGCUGACCCAAAGCGAAGAACAAGUGGCAGCGGUCCGCCGGGCCCAAGUCCAAGAAGAUCGGGAGUACGACCGGAACCUGCGGAGGGCCCGCCGUGAAGCCAGUCGGAACAGCGGGCGGGAGAGUUGGGCCACGCUCGGGGUUCAGAGCGGGACCGCGAAAUCCCAAAACAGCGAUCCCCUAGGUGGAACCUGCCAGCGGCGGUUUAAGCGGCAGCUACGAGCAUCUAGCCCGGAUUGGGAGGCCAUGCAUCACAAGGAACUCACGAUAAAAUACCUAGUGAACGUAGAGCGGAAAACGGAAGAAGAGAAGGGCCAGAAACAGGAGGCUCAGCAACGGCAACCCUGUAGGAGAUUCCGCAGCCUGGCCUGCGACCCGAACUUUGACCAUAACCCCGAUAGGGCGCUUCGUUGGGUUCGUAAUAAGGAACCGCAGAGUGCUAGGUCAGACUCGGACUCGGAAUCGGAAUCGGAAUCGUCAGUGAACGAGGAGGUCCUAUAUGAGGGUGCUACUCCCUACAAGGACUUCUUGAAUCCCGUAGUGCCCGAAGAAUAUGCGGUGGACGAGGAGGAAUUCAUGACUGUUGAGGAGGAUUAG